AUGGGGAAAUGCUUAAGCUGCUGCAAAGAGGACCAGAACUUCCAACCAAAUUGUACUGAAGAUCAAGUUACUUCACACCCCCAGCAUCAUGAAGCCUCUUCUAUUUUACGACAACAUAAAUUUCUUAAUCUUAAAACAUAUCGUCCUUCUGCAACAUAUGAAGUCAGUUCAGCCACAGGAAGUAGAAAAUUAUCUCAUCCAUCAGAUACAUCUACUCAUUCAAUUAUCUAUGCAAGAAGACAAUCUUUAUCUGAUAGACUUAGAAAAAGCAAUCUUUCCCUUUAUCAGAGACAAAGUAGAGCUAAUUUUGAUUCUCAAGAAGAUGAAGAUGAUUCAAAAUCUUCAGGCCAUUUUGGUGCCUUUAGAUACCGAAGACGUCUUUCUUCCCCUAAACUCAGUAUAGUUUCCUAUUAUAAUUCUAACAUGUUUUUUGAUUCUCAACCAAGAAGUCGGGAGAAGUUUAACUCAAAUGAAAUUAAAAUAUUUUCUAGAAGACAAAGUCAUCCUGGUACAGAAAAACGUAUAAGCUUCUCUAAGCCUGAAUAUAGCUUUUUCAAUUUAGAAGCAAAAACUAUUUCUUCACCCCAUGGUAACACUGCUGACAGAGCCUCCCUUCAACAAGACAUGGCAUCUUUCUUUUCUCUUCCAACUAUUAAUUCCUCUGCCUCUAUAGCAAAUAAAUUUGCCAUUGCUAUUGAAGAAAGUGACCAUUUAARUAAAGAGUCAAAAGACUCCCCUCAUUUCAAGUCUCAUAGUCACAGCACCAGUCAUUCUCCAAGUAUGACUCAACAGCGUCUUUCUCAAACUUCCCCUAUCUUCCAUAAAGUUGGAUAUUCUUCAUCUUAUAAAAAUUCCAAUAGCUUUGCCCUAUCUCAAAGUGAAGUUACUUCAGGCCCCUUUGAAGAGGAAAACAUUUCUGUCUCCUCCCAAGAUGAAGACAAACCUUCGCCUAUUGAAAUUCCUAAGAUAAGGUAUAUUACAGCUAAUACUGACACAGAAGAACCAAGUUUUCCAGGCACUAAGGCAUUUAACACACAUGUAGAAGAAUUAAAGUUAGAUGCCCUUCUUCAGAAGGCAGAUCAUUUACGUAUGAAUGAGUCUGGCAGGACGGAGGGUUUUGAACUACUUUGUGACUACAAAGAAAAGUUUAAAGAUGAAGCAGAGUAUAUGUGGCGACUUGUUCGUGCUUAUGGAGACAUGAGUGAGUUGUCUACAAACACACAAGAAAAGAAACAUUAUGCUAAUAUUGGAAAAACUUUAGGUGAACGAGCUGUUGCUAGAGCGCCCAUGAAUGGAUACUGUCACCUGUGGUAUGCAGUUUUGUGUGGCCAGGUGUCUGAGUUUGAGGGCUUACAAAACAAAGUCAACUAUGGAUAUUGCUUCAAGGAACAUCUAGAUAUAGCAAUCACACUUUUACCUGAAGAACCCUUUGUGUAUUACCUCAAGGGAAGAUACUGUUACACUAUAUCAAAACUCAGCUGGAUUGAGAAAAAGAUGGCUGCUACUCUUUUUGGAAAAAUACCAUCUUCAAAUGUACAAGAAGCUUUGCACAACUUCCUUAAGGCUGAAGAYCUACACCCUGGUUACUCUGUGCCCAAUUAUAUGUAUUUGGCUAAGUGUUAUAUAGAUCUUCAUGAAAAUCAGAAUGCUUGGAAGGUCUGUCAUUUGGCAUUAUUACUUCCUGUUGUUACCAAAGAGGACAGAGAGGCAAACAAAGAGGUGAAAAAAGUAAUGACUUCUUUGAAGAGGUUGCUUGACUUUGAAGAAGCCAGAAAAACUACUGAGUGUCCUGAUUGAGGAUUUCUGCUACUGGGUCACUAAGGCCAAGCUAUAAUGAUAUUCACCCUUCACUCACAGAGAAAGUACACAAACUGCUAACCUCUCAAGCGACUCCAUGGACAACUUGGGAAAGGGGGGUUCGGAUCCAAAACUUUAAACAUGUUCAGCUUCAGGAGAUAGGAAUCAACCUGUAUGCUACAAUUCCUCAUGAAACAUUUAAAGAGUAACUUAGUGUUCCACAAAAAUUUUAACGAUUGUAACGUCCAUAUAACUGCAUUGAUAGCUCUUACUUAACAAAUAGCUUUCAUUAUAACAUAAAAAUCCCAUCUGUUGCCCCUAAAAAGUUGUCAAAAGGCUUUUCAUGUGAUACUAUUUUUAUACUCUUGAAUUACAUAGAACAGUGGUGAAAACUGGAAGAGACCUUAAAUAUAAGCUCUUAUACCAAACUUCUUAUUUGCAUUGAUGCAUAAGUAGCACAGUGAGGGUCAGAGAAUUGUACUGGCCGAGCCAGGGCUGUGUCCAGGCCUUGCACUCUUACAUCUUCUGCAUCCCUYUUUGAGCCAAGGACUCUUUACAUGCAACUGAUUGGAAUCCAAUGUGCCUGGCACGGAGCCGGGGCUCUCAGAAUGGUAACUUACAUGGUGACUACCUAUUCUAAAUGCUUUUUCUAUCUCAGCCCAUUUCAUCCUCAUAACAGUCCUAUGAGGAAAGAACAUUCAGUUUUACUCCAUUACUCCCCUAUGCAGGGGAGCUAAAGUGAGCUUUUAGAUAACAUGCCUAAAACAGUGAGCAAAGGGUUUGAAAUUGAGCAGACAGCUCCAGAGUGCAUGUUGUAAUCUGGGCCACAGUGCAAUUCUGCCAGCCAGUGGGGGAAACUAUGGAUAGGGGAGGAAAUGAUAGAAAGUGGAAGGAGAGCAUAAGAAGAGGAAGGAAGAGAAAGGUAGGAAAGAGGAUUUUUUUAAG